CCCGUCUUCCCCACCUCCCUGUCCUCCCUCGCCCCGCAUGCUCCCGGCUUGCCGCCUGCAGGAUGAGUUCCACCCGUUCAUCGAGGCCCUGCUGCCUCACGUCCGCGCCUUCUCCUACACCUGGUUCAACCUGCAGGCGCGGAAGCGCAAGUACUUCAAGAAGCACGAGAAGCGGAUGUCGAAGGAUGAGGAGCGCGCUGUGAAGGAUGAGCUUCUGGGCGAGAAGCCUGAGAUCAAGCAGAAGUGGGCAUCCCGGCUGCUGGCCAAGCUGCGCAAAGAUAUCCGGCCUGAGUUCCGUGAGGACUUUGUGCUGACCAUCACGGGCAAGAAGCCCCCCUGCUGUGUGCUCUCCAACCCUGACCAGAAGGGCAAGAUCCGGCGGAUUGACUGCCUGCGCCAGGCCGACAAGGUGUGGCGGCUGGACCUGGUCAUGGUGAUUUUGUUUAAGGGGAUCCCCCUGGAAAGUACUGAUGGGGAGCGGCUCUACAAGUCGCCCCAGUGCUCGAACCCCGGCCUGUGUGUCCAGCCACAUCACAUUGGAGUCACAAUCAAAGAACUGGAUCUUUAUCUGGCUUACUUUGUCCACACUCCGGAAUCCGGACAAUCAGAUAGUUCAAACCAGCAAGGAGAUGCGGACAUCAAACCACUGCCCAACGGGCACUUAAGUUUCCAGGACUGUUUUGUGACUUCGGGGGUCUGGAACGUGACAGAGCUGGUGAGAGUAUCACAGACUCCUGUUGCCACGGCAUCAGGGCCCAACUUCUCACUGGCGGACCUGGAGAGUCCCAGCUACUACAACAUAAACCAGGUGACCCUGGGGCGGCGGUCCAUCACCUCUCCUCCCUCCACCAGCACCACCAAGCGCCCCAAGUCCAUUGAUGACAGCGAGAUGGAGAGCCCUGUGGAUGACGUGUUCUACCCUGGGACAGGCCGCUCCCCGGCCGCCGGCAGCAGUCAGUCAAGCGGGUGGCCCAACGACGUGGAUGCAGGCCCGGCUUCUCUAAAAAAGUCAGGAAAGCUGGACUUCUGCAGUGCCCUCUCCUCUCAGGGCAGCUCCCCACGCAUGGCUUUCACCCACCACCCGCUGCCUGUGCUUGCUGGAGUCAGACCAGGGAGCCCCCGGGCCACCGCCUCGGCGCUGCACUUCCCCUCCACGUCCAUCAUCCAGCAGUCGAGCCCGUACUUCACACACCCGACCAUCCGCUACCACCACCACCACGGCCAGGACUCCCUGAAGGAGUUUGUGCAGUUCGUCUGCUCAGAUGGCUCGGGCCAGGCCACCGGACAGCAUUCGCAGCGACAGGCGCCUCCUCUGCCAACCGGUUUGUCAGCAUCGGACCCCGGGACGGCAACUUUCUGAACAUCCCACAGCAGUCUCAGUCCUGGUUCCUCUGAUAAGAUCAACAAAGAAACAAGAAAAUGAAAAGAAGAGGUUCCCUCAAAGGGGGAGAGAAGAAAUUUUGAGACAUAGAAAAAAAAAAAACCAACCCCAGCCCAGCCCAGCCCAGCCCAGCCCAGCCCCACCGA